AUGAAGGGCCGAUAUAAGGUUGUUCCUUUCCUACUCGCCUUGGCCGCGCUGACAGCGAGUUUUGAGACCGGGCAGAGUUUUGGGAGCGAGAGAUCCUCACCCCCGCCGCUCCCGGAGGGCUGCAAUGGUGGGGACUGGAGCCCAUGGGGAGCGUGCUCGGGCAACGGCCUCGGCGGCGGCUGCUGGCAUACCCGCACCCGCACCGUGACAGGAUCAGGGCCCUGUCCUCAUUUGAGUGGUCAGGAUACUCAGCCAUGUUACACCGCCGGGUGCCCUGCAGACUGUCAGGUGGGGGAGUUUGGGGACUGGUCCGUCUGUGAUCCGUGCUUAAACACACAGUCCCGGUAUUCAUCGAUAGUCCGCCCGUCGCAGUUCGGCGGUUCUCCCUGCACCAAGCCGCUGGUGGAGACCCGACGGUGCAGCUCCGACAAAACCUGCCCUCUGACCUCGGGAUGCACCUCGGGACAGUUCAAAUGUGUCACGACUGGCCGCUGUGUUCCCGCCAGUUUCCGGUGUAACGGCGAUGACGACUGCGGUGACGAGUCUGACGAGCAGGAGUGCUCGGAGGUACAGGACCUGUGUGAGGGGAAAGAUGUGGAGGACGUGAUCCCCAACAUCGACUUCGCCGGCAGCGGGUAUAACGUCCUAACAGGGGAACUCAGCGGGCAGGUGUUGGACAACUCCAAGUAUGGCGGUCUGUGCAGGACUGUUUACAGUGGAGACCACGGAAAAACCUUCCGCUUGCCGCAUAACACCCAGUUCUACAGGUUCCAGGUGGUUGCUGACACGACCUUCCAUUCAGAAAAGUUCAACAGCUCUAAACAGUUCUACAAAGAAACCACGACCAACAGACAGCUGGACAUCCAUGCUGGCGUCUCCGCCUCAUUCUCGGUUAUCAAAGCUAGCGCUGAGGUCGCCAGCAGCCAGUCACAUGGCAACCAUGAGGUCAUCAAAUCCAGCCAGUCCUCGGACUCCGCCCUGUUCACCGUCUCCAACCAGAUCGAGCUUGCGCAGUUCAGGAUGAACAGCGAGGACUUAAUCCUAAGUGACAGCUUCUACAGGGCACUGGAGGAGUUGCCGGUGGUGUACAGUUAUGUGGAGUACAGGAAGCUGAUAGUUGAUUUCGGGACGCACUACUUGUCAGCCGGUAGUUUGGGUGGGCAGUACCGGUACGUGUACAGGUACAACCGACAAAGCCUCACUGAGUCGGAGCUGAACGAGGAGGAUCAGAAGUCAUGCCUCAGUGUGGAGGCCAAGGUGUCGUUCUUCGGGAUCAAAAUCGGCGGCGACGCCGGCUUCAAGCACUGUCAGGACAACAAGCUGUCUCAGACGACCGCGGGAAGCUUCACCCUGGCCGCCAGUGACAGCGUGUCCUUUGUAAAAGGCGGGACGUCCGAAGCAGCUGGGAGCCUUGCUUACGCCAACCAGCCAAUGACAGACAAGUAUGAUGCCUGGGUGGACAGCGUCAAGGACAACCCAGCAGUUAUCUCCGCCAAAGUAAGAUUAUUGUAUUUCUCUGCUUUAAAAAGGUAAAAGGUGGUGGAAAUA